CUGGGAGCUGGAGGGUUCUGCAGUAUCUCAGCUGUUCCUACAACUGGACUUUUCUGGACUGAGAUGUCUGAUGAUCUUCUGCUGUAGCCACUCCUCCAGUCUGGGGGUUACUGGCCCGAGUGCCCCAGUGACCACGGGCACCACCGAUGCCUUCACUCUCCAGGCUUUCUCGUGUUCUUCUUUGAGGGCCGGGUCCUUCUCUAUUUACAGUGGGUACCAUACGUUUUCAGAACCCCGUCAGGUUUUCACUCUUUGUUAUUGCAGCUUUUUGCUAAACUCAAGUAAAUAAAUCGGUUUCCUGUUUUCUUCCCCGUGUUGACAGAAACACAGAACGUUAGACGUUUCGGCAGAAAGACAAACUGAAGUAUCACACGGUCCAAGUAUUCAGACCCUUUGCUGUGACACAUGUACGUAACUCAGGUGCUUUCCAUUUCUUCUGAUCAUCCGUGACAUGGUCCUACACCUUCACUGGAGCCCAGCUGUGUUUGAUGAUGCUGAUUGGACCUGAUCAGGAAAGCUGCACCUGUCUAUAACAGACCUUACAGCUCACGACGCAUGGCAGAGCAGAUGAGAGUCACGAGGUCAAAGGAAGUGCCUGAAGAGCUCAGAGACGGAACCAGCUGCUGGCCUUACGUCUGGUUCUUCUACAUAAAACCUUGUUUACUCCGAGAACACGAGAAGGGAGAACAUACACCUUUAUACUGGAGACGCUCUGACCCUGAAGACGGAGCCGGGGCUGCUGCUAGUUUUAUUUUUCCUGCCCAACUCAUGUGCUACGGACUCAGUCUGCACACGAGCAGCAGAUGAAUGAUGUAAAGGUGACACAUGCCAGCUGCUUUCCUGAUCUGACUCCUGGUUUUUAGAGAUCCUGGUUCUGACUGUGAGGACGGGAGAGCUUUGGUCACAUUAGUCUGAGACUUGGUGGAAAGCCAGCUUGCUGCUGGUUUUUGGAGCUCAGUGCAGAAGAGCACCAUGCUGACCAGCAUCGCUGACGGGAUACUGUGCUGUCUGACGGGGAAGACUGCUAAUCUGGUUUUGCCUCUGGAGUCAUCCAAACCUUCGGACGGGUUUGAGUUCAUGGAGGUGAAACCCGGGAGGAUCCUGCGAGUGCGACAUGUUGUCCCUGAGCGUCAGCCCCUGGGCACAGGGAGGCAAGCUUCAGACCAGGAGAAGAAGGAUGUCCACUGUGAUGCUGGUGAGACAGGGUCUGCUGCCGGCACCAGCGUCCACUGCAAGAGGAGGAUCACGGUGUAUCGCAACGGCCAACUGGUGAUUGAGAAUCUCGGUGAUGUUUUGCAUUCUGAAAUCCUGCAGUGUCAGGAUGGGGAUUUGGAGCCGUGCAGCACUGUGGAGGUGGAGCUGGCCUCCUCCCCAGACCCUAACCCUGCUCCUCCUUCAUGUCUGUUAUCCUCCGGAGAGCAGAAACCUGCUCCGCCUCCUUGCCGCCGCCGUCGAAAGGCCAAGCGCACGGUGCAGAUUGACUCACAGCGAGUCAUCUCAAGCUGCAAAGGAACUCACUCGGAUGUAGCGCUGUUCUUUGUGCACGGAGUGGGAGGCUCUCUGGACAUUUGGAGCAGCCAGCUGGACUUCUUCUCUCGCCUGGGCUAUGAGGUCAUAGCACCCGACUUGGCGGGGCACGGGGCCAGCAGUGCUCCACAGAUUGCAGCAGCUUACACUUUUUAUGCCCUGGCAGAAGACCUUCGAGCCAUCUUUAAGAGGUAUGCUCGGAAACGCAACAUUCUCAUCGGCCACUCGUACGGAGUAUCAUUCUGCACCUUCCUGGCCCACGAAUAUCCUGAGCUGGUCCACAAGGUGGUGAUGAUUAACGGCGGGGGGCCGACAGCGCUGGAGCCAAGCCUCUGCUCCGUCUUCCAGCUUCCCUCCUGUGUCCUUCAUUGCCUGUCGCCGUGUUUGGCCUGGAGCUUCCUCAAAGCAGGAUUUGCUCGCCAAGGUACCAAAGAGAAGCAGCUGUUGAAGCAGGGCAAUGCCUUCAACGUGUCUCCAUUCGUCCUGCGAGCCAUGAUGAGUGGCCAGUACUGGCCUGAGGGGGAUGAGGUCUACCAUGCUGAGAUCACGGUGCCCGUCCUGCUGGUUCAUGGCCUGUGUGACAAGUUUGUGCCCGUGGAGGAGGACCAACGCAUGGCUGAGAUCCUCCUGUUUGCAUUUCUGAAGGUCAUCGAGGAGGGAAGCCACAUGGUCAUGAUGGAGAGUCCCGACACGGUCAACACUCUGCUCCACGAGUUUUUUCUGUGGGAGCCUGACAUGUCCAAGAAAGAAAAGACCGUUCCUGUCUGUGAAACAGUUAACACACUGAAAACCAAUAGGCCCGUGGAUAAAUAAUGCUCAAGAAGACCGCAUUCAUCUCCAAAGCAGGAGGAGGGCGUUACUUCCUGCUGCUGGCAUGUUGUUAGGACUCCCGGGCUGAGUGGGGAUUGGCAGGGCCUCAUCUGAAGGAUGUGGAUGACCACUGGUGCUCCGAGAUAAGGCAGCACAGAACUUUGGACGAGAGGAGCGGAUGCAAACACAGUCUCUUUUUCAUUUAUUCACCAGUUUGUGCUUCGUUGCACCACAUUUGCAAACAAGUAAGAACUCGAUGGUGGAGAAUACGGCCGUCUGUGAUUUGCUCAUGAAAAGUUUCUAAUGAAAGCGGAAACUAAGAUGUGAACGUCAAGAGAUGCUGGAAUUUCUUGAUCAAGGUUGUUUAGCUUUGCAGCAUUUCUGAUUCUGUUUGUCUGAGGCAUGCUGUCCCAGGAAAACAUGAAAGUACAUUUAUAACCCGCUGAAGACGGAGACCCUGCUGAGUCAGACCCUGGCGGGUGGGUGACUGAUUAAAAAUGUGACUAAUGAUGAUGCACACAUGAUGGUUAAUUACAGAUAUUUAUGAUAAAACACAGAAAAGGUGUUAGUUUUACUUCCAGUAACCAACAUGAAACAUGGCCAUGCAUCAUUCUCAGAUCCCUAGAUUACAGAAACCAAUUUAUUAUUCUAAAAUCUGAUAUAAACAUAUAUUUAAAAGCCAUGUUAUAGUGUUAAGCACAAUGUCACUAAGUCAUCGAUUUAUAGCUGCUAUCCAGAGAGGUUGUGAGGACUGGUUAGGGUUACGGCCCCGCGUACUGUAAACAGACGAGGACAUAAAGAAGUUUCCUCUAUUUUCUUAUUCUAUGUUUACCCAAAGACACGGUUCCUGCGUGGGUUCACAAUAGAACCCACAGGAGCGUUUUGGUGUGUAGGAACUUCACCAGUCCGGUACGCUCGGGUCAGAUGAGCGUUCCUGCGUGUGUGGUACCCAGUUGGUGUUCUCCAGGAACGUUCACAACAACUUGUGCUUGUACUGAACCUGCCAUGCCCAUAUGCUGGGAAAGGAAACGCCAGAGUGUGUUCAGUUCACCUGUGUGGACUCGUGUGUCAGGCCGAAGGAGCUUGCUCUGUGAAUGUUAGUAGGUGGGACAGACCCCGGCAUUGCUUGUAUUUUGGAUGAUUUGCAGAACAAGCUACCUGUGGCCAAGAGAGGGUGUUGAGUUGUUAGGCUCAACAUGCUGGUUUGUUAAAUAUGCAUUUUAUCUGAUGCACCCUGAUUAAUUUAUACAACAGGGAUAAAACAGAGAGGAAAGGAUCCAACUUGAUUCCUACCUCUGUAAAACUUUCAAUAACGAACCAGCCAGUGCUGCUGAUGGGUUCAACUGUGUGGACAAGUGUGCACUUGGACUUCCUCUUAUGCUAAAACUCGCAGAGACAAGUGUUUAACAGCCUGUGUAAAUGUUACAUCUCCUAAUGUAAUCCUGCAUAUGCACUGCCUCGCUGCAGAUGCAGAGCAUAUCUAGCCUGUCAAAGACUCUGAGUCGGUGUAUGAAUGUGCCUCUCCUGGCAUCAAUAAAACAGGUGUUCUCCAGCUAAA